AAAUCUGCCUGAGAGCGGAACCGACCUCAGCUCCAACUCAGCCUCCACUGUUAUUAAAAAUAAAAAUCGCUAGAGCAGCCCUCGUCACUUCUACUUUGUAUGUAUCGCAGAGGGGCCCACGCGAGUGUCAAACCCUAGCCGCUUCCCUCAUUUUCCGUUCUUUAAGAAAUAUUUUUUGCUGUGUUUGACUUCUCAUGGAAGGGCGAAGACGCUAAGGUUUCUAACUCAAUACUCUUGAUUUCUUUUAGGAUAGCUGGCAAUUGAGAAUUUUGAGGAUAGUUUGAUUUUUUCUUUCUAACCUCCUAUGCGGCUGUAAGUUCCACCACCCCAAACCCACCCACCAGGGACCCUGAAUCUGUCCACUCCAGGCUAAGCGAGACCUUCCGGCUGGGUCCCCAGAUUUGGGCCGAUUUUGCGCCUCCAAACAACCUUAGCAUGAUGUCUUAUCUUAAGCAACCGCCUUACACAGUCAAUGGGCUGAGUCUGACCACUUCGGGCAUGGACUUGCUGCACCCCUCCGUGGGCUACCCGGCCACCCCCCGGAAACAACGCCGGGAAAGAACGACAUUCACCCGCGCGCAGCUCGACGUGCUGGAAGCGCUGUUUGCCAAGACCCGGUACCCUGACAUCUUCAUGCGGGAGGAGGUGGCGCUGAAAAUCAACUUGCCCGAAUCCAGGGUGCAGGUAUGGUUUAAGAAUCGAAGAGCUAAGUGUCGCCAACAACAGCAGCAACAACAAAAUGGAGGUCAAAACAAAGUGAGACCUGCCAAAAAGAAGACAUCUCCAGCUCGGGAAGUGAGUUCAGAGAGUGGAACAAGUGGCCAGUUCACUCCCCCCUCUAGCACCUCAGUCCCAGCCAUUUCCAGCAGCAGUGCUCCAGUAUCUAUCUGGAGCCCAGCUUCCAUCUCCCCACUGUCAGACCCCUUGUCCACCUCCUCUUCCUGCAUGCAGAGGUCUUAUCCCAUGACCUAUACUCAGGCUUCAGGUUAUAGUCAAGGAUAUGCUGGCUCAACCUCCUACUUUGGGGGCAUGGACUGUGGAUCUUACUUGACCCCUAUGCAUCACCAGCUUCCUGGACCAGGGGCCACACUCAGCCCCAUGGGUACCAAUGCAGUCACCAGCCAUCUCAAUCAGUCCCCAGCCUCUCUCUCCACCCAGGGAUAUGGAGCUUCAAGCCUCGGUUUUAACUCAACCACUGAUUGCUUGGAUUAUAAGGACCAAACUGCCUCCUGGAAGCUUAACUUCAAUGCUGACUGCUUGGAUUAUAAAGAUCAGACAUCCUCGUGGAAAUUCCAGGUUUUGUGAAGAUUUGUAGAACCUCCUUUUGUGGGUGAUUUAAAAAAAAUACUGGGCUGGACAUUCCAGUUUUAGCCAGGCAUUGGUUAAAAAAGUUAGAUGGGAUGAUGCUCGGACUCAUCUUCUGAUCAAAGUUCCGGGAGGCAGAGAAGGAAAAAUGAAGGGCCUUAGAGGGGCCUGCCAACCAGCAACCUGAAAUGGACAAACCAGUCUACUUAAGAUCCUGUCAUAGUUUUAGAUCAUUGGUUUUCCUGAUUUGGAAAGUGAUCGAAAGUGUUCUAGCCAUGUACAACCAAACACAACCAAAAAUAAAAUCAAAUGAAGCUAAGUUGGGAGGGAAGGAAGGGAAGGUCAUAUGUAGCCUUCUUAAGCAGAGGUGUUCCAACGUUUUAGCCAAUCCGUGGUUGAAUCUUAGGAAUGGACAGUGUCUCAAGCUCAUUCACGUUUCAUGACCAACUGGUAGUUGGCACUGAAAAACUUUUCAGGGCUGUGUGAAUUGUGCGACUGAUUGUCCUAGAUGCACUACUUUAUUUAAAAAAUAAUGUUCAUAAGGAGUCAAUAUGUAGUUUAAGAGACAAUCAGCGUGUGUCUUAUAUAAAUGGUACAUCUGUGGUUUCUAAUCUGUGCUAGACUUCAAAACUGUGAUCUCCUGUUAUUGUAUGCAACAUUGAACUCCAACUCUGCAGGGGUUCUUCUGUGAUUAAAUAGGUUAUAAUUAUAAGCAAAAUUCAGAGCAACUGAGUACUUAUCUAAAAAGAUUACCUUUGGCUGGAGGUGAGCUGCACUGAAACUUUACAACAAAAUAUCUCUGGACAAGGAGAGUAAGAGAAGAGAAAGAAAAGGACGCUAAUUCAUCUGUAAAUUUACUGUUGGUAAACCUAGCAGUAAAGACAUUGGUCAAUUGCUCUGACCCUGAUGAUUUUAUAAACUGAGAUCAUUGUCGUUUAUGCUUGCAGAUGUUAACUGGAAAAGUUAUAUAUGCAUAAACCUUUUCCUCCUGGAUUUGGCAGAUAUGUAUAAUUAUAUUAAAAUGGUUCUAGCACAA